CGAGGUGGAGCUUGUUCUGCCCACUAUGCUUCAUUUGCUCCCACUGUAAACGACAUAGAUAAAGUAUCUUGGGUUUGUUAUAACUAUCUUUGGUCACAUUCUCUGCAAGAGCAAACUUGCUGUGUGACGUGUAGAAGGGGCGGAAGGGAUGUUUGUGUUUUGGUUCUAAAUGGGAAGUUGCAAGAAGAAAGAAAAAGGUGGAGACGUGAUCUGGGUUGUUGAAAUUAAUUGGCGUGAAUGGUUUUGACUGGAAACACAUAUGGGGAGUUCAGAGCCAUAUCAUUCUAUCUUUUUACUACUGCCAACUUGAAAGAUUUACAUCUGAAGCCCUAAAAGUGCAGUCAGACGUGUGGGACAGACACUGACCGGGGGAUCUAACCAGGCCAUGGCCAACAGGGGAGGCGCUACGAGACCCAACGGGUCUAAUGCUGGGAACAAGAUCUGCCAGUUCAAGUUAGUGCUGCUGGGGGAGUCGGCGGUGGGCAAGUCCAGCCUGGUGCUCCGCUUUGUCAAGGGCCAGUUCCACGAGUUCCAGGAGAGCACCAUAGGAGCGGCCUUCCUGACCCAGACGGUGUGUCUAGACGACACGACGGUGAAGUUUGAGAUCUGGGAUACGGCGGGACAGGAGCGCUACCACAGCCUGGCGCCCAUGUACUACAGAGGGGCGCAGGCCGCCAUCGUGGUCUACGACAUCACAAAUGAGGAGUCAUUUGCCCGGGCCAAGAACUGGGUGAAGGAGCUGCAGAGACAAGCCAGCCCCAACAUUGUCAUCGCUCUGUCAGGCAACAAGGCUGACCUCGCCAGCAAGAGAGCCGUCGACUUCCAGGAUGCCCGGUCUUAUGCAGACGACAACAGCUUGCUCUUCAUGGAGACGUCGGCCAAGACAUCUAUGAAUGUGAACGAGAUAUUCAUGGCUAUUGCGAAAAGAUUGCCCAAGAGCGAGCCUGCAGCCGCUGGAGCUAACAGUGGGCGGAACAGGGGCGUCGACCUAACUGAAGCCGCCCAGCCAACCAAGGCCCCCUGCUGCAGUAACUAAUGCGAUGCCCACCUACUGCAGUGACUAAUACGACCGAUGCCCGACAUUCGCUGCAGUAAACUAAUGUGACGCCCCCCCCCCCACAAAAAAACUCUCUGAUCUGCAGCAAUGAAAAAAGUUGAUAUCUGAACCCUCCUUCCCUUCUCCUCUCUGCAGUAACUAAUGCAAAGCAACACCCUCGUCUAUAUUUCUCAACUACGCCCCACCCCUCCCCCACUGGUUCUGCUGUUACUAAUUGAGACUCCUCCCACCUUCCUCUUUUUUUCCCCCUUAAAUUAGUGCUGCCUUCCCUACCCCAUUCCUCCAGACUAUUGGCUAGCAGCAGGACUAAAGGGCGGGGCUCCUGUGAUUUGGUCUCCUCUCCUGGGAUAGAUAGACUGUUUCUAAUACGCAAUCUCUCAUGUCCUUUUUUGUUUUUUGUUCGAUUUUUGUUUUGUUUUUCACAGUUAUUCAUCGGAAUUAUGGAUGCAUGUAUCACUACAAGGCCUGACAUGAUGAUGAAAAAAAAAAUCUAUUUUAACUUUAUUCAGCGGCACACAAAACAUCUUAGAGUGAAAAGAGGAGUGUCUCCAAAAACGCUGACAGAAAAAACAGAGGGAGAGAUGAGAGGGGAAGAGAGGCUCCAAAGGUUUGUUAGGGCUAAAUCAUAAGGAAGCUAAAGAAAAAACUGUUUAGCAGGGACUUGGAUCCCUGCUAGUUUCUUUCUCUGUUGGUCCCUCUUUGUCUGGCCUCCUCUUUCUCUUGUGUAACAUAUUCAUAUGCUUUCUCAACUAAACCUUUUAGUGCCACUAGUGUAGUGUUGUUCCCUUCUCUCUUGGCCCCAUCCCAGGGCCUUGCCUGCUUCUAGCGUUCAGUCCCAAAUCAAACCUUAGACACCCCUGGUUCAGGAGUUAGUUAACUCAUUUUUCCCCGGUGGCCGCAGUGUGUGUGUGUCAUGUGUGUUUGUUGUCUUUGAGGAUAUUUGUAUCACCAGACAGCCCAGUCCCCCUGUGUACACACACUGACAGACAGUGUCUAAAGCACUUCCUAUAGAACAGGGGAUGUCUUCCUCAUGCCUUGCACUAAUGACGCUCAUGAAUAUAUCUUGUCAUAAUUACAGCCAGUGUGAUAUAAAUAUAUUUAUAAAUAAUAUGCUGUAAAUAGGGUAAUUGACAGGACUAAUGCUUGCUAGGGAGUUGUCUAGAUAAUCAUUAAAUAACAAAAUACUGUACAGUUAGCAAAAAAUACACUUUGUAUGGGUUUGGAGUUAUGUUUUUUUUUCACACACAAAAAAAUCUAUUCUAAUUGAUGGUGGUCUUUAUAAAUGUGUGUAGUGUUGUUAAAAAAAUGUACUUGCAUUUCUUUAGUGGUCUGUCUUAUGUUGUUUUUUUUUCAAGAAAAACUGGAUUUUUUUGGUUUUCUGUUUUUUAAUAUUCUCUCUCGCAUUUCAUUAAUAAUUUUGUUAGCCAUCUAAAGCUAAGAAUCCCUGUCCAAUACUCAUUGUCCCAUUGGAACUGAACUCACACACCAUACACUGUCUGGGUGUAGAAUCCCUGUCGCAGGAACAGAUCGAUUUGACAAAACUAACCGUCCGCCUGUCUUAUAACGUCUCAGUAAGAAUGUAACAAUGUUGUAGGAACAAUGUAACAACAGUAGUAGUAGUAGUAGAAUAAAACAAGAAAGACUGUUCCGUUCUACUGUUGGUACUAGCUGGUGGAUCAUGAUGAUGAAUAAAUGGAUUAACUCUUAGAGAUGUAAAUAGUUUGUUGUUGCUGUGGACAGUUAAAUGCAGAUGGAAAAAAAUAACAAAGGCAAGCAUUUUACAGUACUGUUAAAUAAUGACCAAAUAAAUACAGAAAUAAAAUGUAGAAUUUACAUGGGA